CGAAACGCGAGGCCUUGGGGGUAAUCGCCUCGUCAGGAGGAGGCGGCGACCUUCAUCGGCGCUCUGGGGCGGGGAAUAUGACGUCGCGCGUCAACCGCACAGACGGAGGGGGCGGGGCUGACUCUGUGGCUCCGCCGGCCCUCCGUGGAGAGAGCGGGUCCUCCUCCCACCUCGUGCUUCGGCGCCAGGAAUGGCCUGGCCUGAGGGAGAAAAUUCCGCAGUGAAGGAAAGAUUGGACCUGUGUUGAGAUAUCCGGCAGUUGUAGGGGGAACGAUCAUGACACAGUGAAAAGAUGGCAACUAAACUACUGAGAUUCCUGGCUAGAUCUUCACACAAAACAAGCAACUGCCAACACUUGCAUAAAUAUGGGCUUUCAGCAUCAAGCAACAAUCUUCAAGGGGUGUCAAGCAAUUCUUUAUUAGCAUAUAGAUCCAUCAGUAUGUGCAUUCCAGAGGCAACAACAUCUUGCUUAAGCAGGCUUUGUGUGCAAGCCAAGGAAUGGCAGAGACCACAAGCUAACGUUCCUACUGCAGCAAAGACUGUGAAUUAUUUGAGUAUGCAUGUUUGUCCUCCACACAGGGAACAAUUUUGUGCUCUUAAAAACACAAGUUUCAAGCACAAUGCAAAGUGUUUGAGAAAAUUUACAGAUAUACCAAAUAGACAUUAUUCAGUUUUAUCAAGUAGUAAAAUUAUGCCAAAUCAACAUAUUUUGCCUGCUAAAAGGCUACCAAAAGCAUCGAGGACCAAGCAGCCAUCUAGAGCCAAUCUGCCACUACCGUCUGAAACUGAGGAUCUGAUGCAGUGCACAGCCUUUGCAACAGCAGAAGAAUAUAAUCUUGGUACCCUAUGCCAUGAUCUGACGUCAUAUGGCUAUGUUGAAAUAACAACAUUACCUAGAGAUGCAGCAAACGUUUUGGUGAUUGGUACAGAAAGCUCAGCGAAAGAAUAUGAUCCUGGAAUAAUUUUUUUCUUCAGGGAAGGAUCUGUUGUGUUCUGGAAUGUUGAAGAAAAAACAAUGAAGAGUAUCAUGCAAAUGCUGGAAAGGCAUGAAAUUCAGCCAUACGAAGUUGCGCUUGUUCACUGGGAAAAUGAAGAGAUGAACUACAGAUUAGGAGAAGCACAGUCAAAGCUUCAUAGAGGAGAAAUCCUGAUAAAUUCGGAACUAGAUCCUGAUGAAAUUACUCUAGAGAAGUUUGCUUUUUCAAAUGCUCUUUGCCUUUCUGUGAAGCUGGCAAUUUGGGAAUCAUCAUUGGACAAUUUUGUAGAAUCUAUCCAGUCAAUACCUGAGAUACUAAAGUCAAGAAGGAAGGUGAAGCUCUCUCAUGCUGAUGUGAUGCAGAAAAUUGGGGAAUUAUUUGCGUUGAGGCACCGCAUAAAUCUGAGUUCCGACCUGCUGAUGACUCCAGAUUUCUAUUGGGAUAGAGAGCAUCUUGAACAGUUAUAUGAUAAAACUUGCCAGUUUCUCAGCAUUAAUCGCAGAGUUAAGGUGGUGAAUGAGAAGCUCCAGCACUGCACAGAGCUGACAGAUUUGAUGAGAAAUCAUUUGAGUGAAAAACAUGCUUUGCGUUUAGAGUGGAUGAUAGUGAUACUCAUCACCAUAGAGGUCAUGUUUGAACUUGGCAGAGUUCUUUUCUGAUAACUUGUGAAUGAUAAGAGAAGUUUGAGAAGAUUGUGAAGAUAAUCCCAACAGCCUUGUGUUUGCUGGACUUCAACUUUAUUCUUCACACUUCUGAAAAGUUCAGCAAGUGUUAUAAUAAAUGUAUGGACACUU